AGGCUCAAGGCUAAGGAUGUAAACAGACAGACUAGUUGGGUGAAGUUGAUUCUGAGAAAGAAACUGUCGGAGAAAAGAAAUGGAUUACAAUUUCGGAACAGUAUUAAAUGCUUUCGCAACCCUCAAAGAAUCUCUAUCAGUCAGUGACUGCUCCAAUGAAAGACAGGGGAAGAUAAAAUGUUUUCUAGAACAAAUAGCCUUGCAACCGGUGUCAGUGGGUGACUUCAAAGUAGGAUUGGAGUGGUUCAAUUGCAGAGAGCCUUUAUCAUUUACAAGACACUUAAAAGGCAAGAUUGUUGUUUUAGACUUUUUUACAUACUGUUGUAUUAAUUGUCUCCAUAUACUUCCUCAUCUACGUCAACUGGAAAGGCGGUUUUCUGUUGAGGAUGGAGUUGUCAUUAUAGGUGUUCAUAGUGCCAAGUUUGACAAUGAAAAAGAUUCAGGAAACAUAUCAGCUGCAUUGAAGAGAUAUGAUAUUUCCCAUCCCGUGUCCAAAUGGCCAGCCUCUAUUUCAGUUGGUAGGGGAGUUUGAGGAAAACGAAUUAUUUGAACUAAUAACUGUAGCUGUAGAUUAUUUUGGUCUUCGUGGGGAUCUGUCUCCUCAUCAUUUACCACCAGCGACUGCAACAUCUAUUAUCAAAGGACCUUUACUUUUCCCUGGGAAAGUAGCAAGUGUCGUUCAAGAUAAUGGAUCAGAAAUUAUUGCCAUAGCAAACUCUGGUUUGCACACUGUGAUAAUUGCUUCAGCUGAGGGAAUAGUGAAGUAUGUUAUUGGCUGCCCUGGGGAACCUGGAUUCGUUGAUGGGAAUUUUAAAGUUACACGCUUUAAUUCCCCACAAGGGCUGGCGUUCUCCUCUUGUGACUUGCUAUAUGUGGCAGAUACAGAUAAUCAUGCCAUCCGAAAGGUGGACCUCAAAAGGCAAUGUGUGCUAACAAUUGCUGGCAAUGGUCUGCAAGCAUCUGACAGUGUGGGUGGCAGUAGCGGUGCUGCUCAGAGUUUAUCCUCUCCAUGGGAUAUUUGUUUCAUUCAAAGGAAAGUACUGGCUACUCCCAAACAUCCACAACCAUUUUUGUGUAUCUGCCCCCCUGCCCCUCCUGGUUAUAAGGGUCAAGAAAAACUAACUGACACAGACACAAGUCAACCCCCACCGCCUCCACCAACACCUGUCUUCUCUCCGCCACCACCACCUCCUCUUCUCCCUGCCUCUUUAGUCCUUCCCCCUCCUCCUCCUCUUCCUCUUCUUCCUCUAUCAUCAUCUACCUUAAACUCUGCUUUUCAACCACCACCCCUACCUGUAACAUUCUCUGCCUCAGAAAACAGAACGGAAGAUCAAUUUGUCAAUCAGGAAAUCCUUGCAAUUGCAAUGGCUGGGUCACAUCAGAUCUGGAUGUACUUUUUUCAAGAUGCAUUGUGGUGGGGUAAAGAGUUUUUCUCUGCUGGAACCUGUACUAAUGUCGCAGGUUCAGGGAAUGAAGCUAAUCGUAACAAUGCAUAUCCUCGAUCAGCUUCCUUUGCCCAACCUUCUGGGCUGUCCUACUGCUCAAACUCAGAUGAACUCUUCAUUGCUGAUAGUGAAAGCUCAAGUGUCAGAUCCAUCAAUUUGAAAACUGGAAAAGUAUCAGCGGUUGUUGGUGGAAGCAAAACACCUGAUGAUUUGUUUUCAUUUGGAGAUGUGGAUGGAGUUGGCUAUGAUGCAAAGCUUCAACAUCCUCUGGGUGUGACAUGGCAUGAGAAAAGUGAAAGUCUCUUUGUUGCUGAUAGUUACAACCACAAAAUUAAAAAAAUUAAAUUGGGAGCAAUGACCUGCUGUUCGUACUUGGGAAAUGGCCACACUGGAGACUUAGCCUUGUUCAAUGAACCUGGAGGACUUUGUGUUAGUGCCGAUGGAAGCAAGCUCUAUGUGGCAGAUACCAAUAAUCACUGUGUCAAAGUGAUUAGUCUCCAUACAUCCUCUGUUGCAGAAUUAAAACUGCAAUCUGAUGAACAGCCUCCUGAAAGCCCCUUGUUAUCUUCUGUAGUUAUUCCUUUACGAGUCAAAUUCAGUGGGAGAAUAAUUCUCUACACAGGCAUAAUAUUGCCAGAAGGUAUUAAACUCACAGAAGGUGCCCCUCAGCGCUGGAAACUUCAACUACCUGACAAGAAUUGGAAAACAGAGUUUUUAAGUGGAACAUUUGACCAAAGUAUCAGUCAAACAUUAUGCAUAUCAGCACCAACAUUACCCUAUUCUGGAGAGCCGAAUGACAUUUCUCUCUCAUCUAAGUUAUUCUUGUGUGCGGAUGGAGCCUGCAAAGCUGUUAGCUCUUCUUUGACAUUUUCUGUGGUUUGUAGCAGUGAUGCAUCUGAAGAAGUCAAGUGUGAAGCUAUGUUUACUGUCUAAUAAGUAACCCUGUAAUAUUCUACAUUUAUUUUCCAACUAAUAAAUCUAAUUGCUAACUCCAA